AUACCCAGCUAAGCAGAAACUUAAAUUUCGUGUUCAUGGUUGGAGUUAACUAAAAAGCUACUGCCUUACAGCAAAACGUUUGCCAGCUGAAAAACGCUUUCUCUGACUUUGCACGUUUUGAAAAGUUUCCUCAAAUCGUUUCACAAUGGAUGAAAGUGAUCUCUGCGAAGAGAAAGAUUUGAAUGCUUGCCUUCAUCUUGAUAUUGAUCCAACCGCGCUGAAGAUCUUUGAGGACAUAUUUAACAGAGCAAUACAACCUCUUGUCGCGCCUUUGACAAAGAUAAAAGAAAAUGAAUUUGGGCUCAUUUGGAGCAACGAAACUGAGCUCAACCAAAAAGUCAAACCGCUUUCGAUGGCGUUUCAACAAACCUUAAAGGAUUCCCUUGCUUUGAGGCAUACGGAAGCUGCAAAGCACAUAAAUGGAAGUACCUGCGACAAGUUUCUUGAAUAUGUAUACAUUAAGCUGGACAAGUCCCUUUUCGGUGAAGAAAUGUUUAAGUCUUCCCUUGUCGAAAUCAAGAAACAGAUCGAAAAAAAUAUACUGAGUUUGAAAAAGACCCUUGUAGUUAAGAAUGAAGAAGAAGCAAAAUCUAUAUCUGAUCUCGAAACCAUGAUUGCUAAAACAGCUCUUUUCGAUCCUAUCCACAUUCACCAUUCUUUACUUUGUGUUCAUCUCGCGUACAAUUGUAAAGACCCCGAAUACAGAAUGCACGACCUUGAAGAAUUGGACAAGGAACAUUUACUUAGCAAUGUUUAUGUUUCUUAUGAAAACGAGGAUGUUCCUAAAUAUGUGAUGGCGGAGUGUGGUGAUGUUAUCUACGUCAGCUUCAAAGGAUUGUCGUCGUAUACAAUCCCCAGAAUUCAAAAUACCCAUCGAGGAGGAAUUUAUUCAUAUGUGAAAAAGGAAUCUGAAAAAAUCCCUCUGAAGUAUUUCGCAAGAGCAUUCAUGCAACAGAAACGAAUUAUUUUUUCAGGGCACUCAAGUGGGGGAGCCAUCGCAUCUUUAGUUCUGAUAUUUUUGCUGGAAAAAUUCAAAGAGCAAGGUGAAUCGUAUUUGAAAGAUCACCUCAAAUGUAUUACGUUUGGUCUUAUGCCAUUGGCGGACAGCACAUUCAAGGAUUAUGUCGAGUCAAUACCUGGAGCAAAGAAAUGCUUUUAUCAUAUCGUUCAAAAGGGUGAUUUUAUUCCAAAGCUAUUCGGGGCAUUAAACGGUUCACAUUUGGAGAACGAGCUGUGGAAUUUAGUAAAGAAAAUAACAGAGAAACCGUUGAAAAUCAUUCAACAAAGCAUAAAGGCAAUUUGGAUGGAUUUAGGUAAAAUGAUUCUUGAUUUUUUUGAAGACUCCAAUCCGAUGGCGAACAGCUUCAUCACAUUCCGCCGUUUGGACAUCUUUGGAUCAUAUUGCAUUAUUGACAAUUCUUUAAAGGAUGUAAAAUAUAAAAUUUUGCCUGCAUCUAAAGCUGUCAAUCAACUAAAAAUAAUUGAUCACUCAUUGGCUGAAUUAGGUCGGCAAUACGUCGUUAAUCAUAGUUUUGAGAGAUAUAUCCACGAGGUUGAGCUGGCUUUGCUUCAAAGUCUUCCUGAUCUCAAGCCAUUCAAAGAAAAUACGAAAUGGGCCACAGCAUCAAAUAAAAUUGUCCCCGAAGUAACUGGCGUUCGCUUCGAAAAUAUCGGUGAGGAGGUCAUCAUCAAAGUAUUUGGGAAUGAGAUGUGGUUCGUGUAUCAGUUAUCCAUCGAGAAUGUCGAAUUUCCUGGUAGGAAUCUACCUGUAGACGUUAUGAAAUCUUCUGGAUCAGAAAUUCAGACAACAAUCAAAGUAAAGAGCAUUUGCCACGAAGAUCAAGUUAACGUUCGUUUGAGAACGCAUUUUCAAUGCAGCAAACAUCUCCCUGCAUUCCAGGUUAAAGCAAAAACCACGACGUACACAGUCACAAAAAGGCAACAGCAACUUGCAAAGCAUCGUCCCAGCGAGAUAAUUGAACUGGCGUAUCUCAGUGCUCUGUUGGAAAAACGUCAUGACGCUGAUAGAUCUGUCAGAAUGAAAUCCAUCCAGGACUUUUUUAAGAACGCUGUAUCAGUGGUGCCAAUUGAAAGUCUUUUUUAUGCUAUGGGAGAAAGCAGCUUAAACGUUAUGUUAGACUGCUGUGAAAUAGUUUCCGCAGGCAAUAUCGAUCUAAAGACAUUGGCUGUCUCUGGUUUUUUAAUGAAACCACUAAAAAUUGCCUUUUUUCGCAUACGUCAUGGACUUUCAUGCAUGAAAGCAUUGCCUUCCGAUGUAUCUUUUGAAGAGAAAUACAAUUUUUUCGUUAAUCGAUUUUAUAAAACACCGACUUCAUGCAAAUCGCCCACAUGGAAACGGAACAGAUUAAUUUUUUUUGCUCAAGAAAAUACGGAACUACGACCCAAUCCUAUGUUGCGAUGGGGUGAUAUUAAGUACUUACUGAAUAAGACUAAUGCACUCCUUGUUUCUCUUCUUCAUGAAGACGUUCCUCGACCAAGAUUCGGAGGAAGUGCAAAAAGAACAACUUUUCCUGCAUGCGAGACAGACCUACAGGUGAUUUAUCCAUCUUCGGAUAAGUUUGGCGAAAGCAAGACGAAGAUUCGUUGUAGUAAAGCUCCAAUCACAUUGCUAAUCGAUGGUAAAGAAAGACUCCAACAACUGAGUGAAAAACUAAAUGUGGAGAGCUCCUUUUGUAACGCGAAUAACGAGAUGCUGAACGUUUUAGAUGACUUGCUUAUUGAGUUUGAGACUUGCAAUGCUCUACUUGGUGAAUUCAUGCAAUCCCAAGUUCACAUCCCUCUCGAGCAAGCUGGUAACGACAAGUACGUUGAUGAAUUUGCCAGACAUGAUGCCAACUCAAGGGGUUUAUCUGUGUGGGCAUUGUUGAUUGUGCCGUUUAACUAUUUGCAGCAAAUGGUAAGAUCAUCUGGAAGGUUUGGAAAAAUUGUCAUUGAAUUCUCUCGUCGCAUUAACGAUUUUCGGGAGUACAUAUUUCCUUCCGAGGAACUCGAGUUUCCUGACUACGACGAAAAGUUAAACUUUCUUGUGGGUAGCAUGAAGAAAGGAGUUACAUGCAACAAGAGUUACAUCAGUUAUUCUCUCGAACGCCAACUUGAGCGCCAAUGCAAGAAGAGGAACAUUUUUCACAACACUCCAAUUGAAAAUAUUCUUCAACAAUGGAAUGCUAACUUUGAGGAAGAAACUUUGACGCUAGUGCCAUAUGAGUACCGUCCACUGAUUGCCCGAUGGAUCAGAUGGUCAUUGAUGAUCAAUUACCUUAGAGAGUUUAGCCAAGCAACAGCGAGUGGAACAACUGAUGAAAGACGUACCACAAUUCCUUUGAUUUAUAACUUGGAUGAACACAUCAAAGGUUUGGAUGUCAUAGAUUUUCCUGGUGUGGAUGAUCGUGAUGAGUCAAUUCCGAAAAUUGCUGAAUUGCUGUUUUGUUUGACUCGGAUUGUCGUAUUUGUUGUCGAUUACAGGAAAGUCCAUACAGAAUCAACGAAAAAAUGGCUUUCCAUACUUGAGAAAGAAAAUGUUCCCGUUCUUAUUUGUCUAACAUUUGCUGAUAGACUCUUUGCUGAAUUAAUGGGGAAAGGAGGUGAUUGUGGCAUGGAGACAAUAAAAGCCAGAGUGGAGAGUCAAUUGGAAGUAUGUGCAUCAAGACUAAAAUUGGAUUACCAGAAAGCGGUCAUCAACACGACUUUAAAACUGGCUGUGUUUGCUCUUGACAAUGAUUCCAAACUUAAUUCUGACGAGGGGAAAGCAAUGCUACGUAGAGUUGGUCUUUGUGAUGAACUUGACGUGGGCCGUUGGAUUGCGGAGAAAUUAGAUGAUGAAUAUGAAUCACACGAAAUCUCACAGAAUCUUCUCAAAUACAUAGAGAACAAGAAAAGCAGUACUAUAGACUCGUGCAAGGUUGGUGCAUUAUUCAAUCUAAAAUGA